AUGAUAAACUCGACAUCAAAUCGAGAAAUUAAUCUAGAAAAUUGUAUCGUUAUAUGGCUGGAUGCUACAAUUAACCAAACCGAUAAUGCAACGCAAUCAUCAGUAAAUGAUCUUCGUCAUAUUGUUGAUGGUGUAUUCACAUUUUAUGAUCUCGAUCAAUGUAUCGAUUAUAUAACAGAUAUAAAUGAUGAAAAAGUAUUUUUUAUUAUAUCUGGAUCAAUUGGUAUUGAUAUCGUUCCACUGAUUCAUGAACUACAACAUAUUGAAUCAAUUUAUGUAUUUUGUUGCAAUACGCAUAUACAUGAACAAUGGUCAAAACAUUACUUGAAAAUACGUGGUGUUUACAAUCAUAUUCAUUCGAUUUGUUAUCAAUUAAAGCGAGAUAUUAUACAGUUAUCGAGGAAUUCUAUUUCAAUACAAGUGAUCCCAUCCAAUUCUGGUCAAUACGACAAUAAUAAACUACCAGUAUCAUUCAUAUAUUUACAAAUUUUGAGAAAUGCUUUGUUUCAAUUAGACGAUUUUGAUAUUGCUAAAAAGGAAAUGAUCGAAUUUUGUCGCCAAUACUAUGUCACAAAUAUUUCUGAACUUCGGUUGAUCGAUAAAUUUGAAGCAAACUAUGAACCCACUCAAGCUAUUUGGUGGUAUACUGGAAACUCAUUUGUGUACAAAAUGUUAAAUCAAGCGUUAAGAUCUCAGGAUAUUGAUCUACUCUAUAAAUUUCGCUUCUUCAUUAAAGAUUUACAUGUACAAUUGGUUACGUUAUGUAUAUCAAUGUUGAAUACACCAAAUACGAAUAUUCUUUAUCGUGGUCAAGGGAUGAGAAGAAAUGAAUUUCUUCAAUUACAACAGAAUGGAUUUUUAUCAUUCAGUAAUUUUCUAUCAACAACGAUGGAUAAAGCCUUAGCGGAGAUUUACGUUCAAACGAGCCAAGAUACGGUGGGGGUUUUAUUCGAAAUCGAAGGAAGUGAGGAUGUCGUGAAAUACAAUACUCCUUUUACCUGUAUUGAAAAUCUAAGUCAUUUUCCGAUCGAAAAAGAAGUUUUAUUUUCCAUGGGUAGUAUAUUUCGAAUCAAGUCCAUUGUUAAAAUAGAAAACAAAGAAGAUUGUUAUAGAGUAAAGUUAAUGUUGACAGAUACUGAAGAUGAAGAAUUGAUUACAUUGGGAAAAUGUCUAGAAAAAGACAUUGUUGACAAGAAUGGUCUAUUUUAUUUGGCAGCAUUAAUGAGAGUUAUAGGAAAAUACGAUAAAGCGAUAUAUUUCUAUCAAUUAUUAUUAAAAAAUUCAUCGUUAGAAAGUAAUAAUCCACUUCAUUUAUCUAUCAUUUAUAACGAUAUUGGAUGGACGUACAAAGAACAGGAAGAUUAUACAAAAGCAUUAGAAUUUUAUCGCAAAGCACUUGAUAUUGACGAAAAAUAUUUACCAGAAAAUCACGAAGAGAUUGCUACGGUAUGUUCGAAUAUUGGUACAGUCUAUUGUCAACAACAUAUGCUAGAUGAAGCAUUAAUCUAUUUCGAACGAGUAACAAAAAUUCAUCAGAGUAGAUAUCAAAAUCAUCACAUAUUGGAUUAA